AUGACGUUUCGACACGACGCAAUGAAUGAAGCUGCAUAUACCCUUUCGAUGAUCCUUAAUGGAAACAACGUUGGGCAUGCGUAUAUCGGCGGUUUUGCCCUGAACCUGUUGGGUAGCGACCGUGACACUUCUGACAUCGAUGUCUUGAUUGACGUGGACUGCCCCUCUCAUAUCCACAGCUAUGUCACUCCGAUCCUUUGUGGUGCCGACUCUCGCUUCGCUGUAGAGAACUACAAGCUUUACUUCGGGCCUGCACACAUUCCUGUUGAGCUACUCACAUGUGGCAUGCUCAAUCUGCCACGUAGACUCUCAAUCAUACCUACAGACACGCCUAUCUUUCCAGUCCCGCUCCCUAUUCUUCAACCCGGCGUUCUUAUUCUCACGAAGUUAAAGCGCGCAGGCCAUUAUAUCGGAAGCACACGACCUCAAUCUGUAUUCAAAUACAAUGCCGAUGUACGAGAUAUCUUUUACUUGCUUCUCUGGCUCCAAACCCGCGGCGAGAAAAUCGACUUCGCGAGCUAUGACGCGAGCGAUACUCGCUCGAUUUACAGAGCGGUUAGACAAUUCCAUUAUCACUGGAGGGUUAGACCUGGUCAGUCCUUGAUUGCCCUAAUGCUGAACGCAGUUUUGCAGAGGGGUGAUAAAGAUGUUAUCUUUGGCGAAGAACAGAACGUCAGUGAGAUCAUAGCACAGAUGCCCAACCUCAGCAUGUAA